AUGGGACGCCACGGUCGACUGACUCACGAGCGUCUUGUCACCAGCCUUGAACGACUUCACGGCGCAGUCGGAGUUCAGUUCCCAGAUUCCAAGGACUUUGAACGUGCCCAAAAUCUUCAACGAGUCAUCAAGAACGCGCUCACCGCUGCUCGUGCUGGCAUGAGCGGCGCGUCCGCAGCAACUCCUGUGCAGCUGAAACGAGAAGUCGAGGCGCGUAUUGUGGAGAUCCAUGAGCGACACAACGAGAUCGAUGAGCAAGAAGAGCACGCCAACAAAGACACCGCGAACAGUGCACUCCACUCAUCCGCAGCUAACAUUAACCACCCUUCACUGAACCCUUCCAUGUGGAACAAUGCAGCACCAAGACGCACACCAUGCACCCCCGACAGCGGUAAAGAAAACACAACGCCCCCAGCGGCGCCCUCCCAGCACCCCGCCACUCGAAAGUCCUCCGCCGUGAAGAAAACCACGAUCACCAAGCGCGUACCAAGCAGCAAACCUUCCACUAUCGCAGGCAUAAAAAAACGCCCAUCCCGCACUACUCGCACCAAGCCCGCAGCUCAGCUUCCAAUCACUACGCCACUGCUAGCAACAGACGAAGAAGACCGCCGCGCCGCCGCCGCCGCCCUCCUCGGCCUUGCUGAGCACAGCCCGGACUCUUCCUUUAUCGCGCGUUCAUCGUCAAGUGACAUUACCCCGUCGACGGGUGGCAAGCGAGCGCGUUGUGUGUACGAAGACGACGUCAUUUUCAAUGAUACCAACCAUUCUCAGGAGUUCGCGAGCAGCUCUCCAGUGCAGAAGAGACGCGUGCUCGGACCUGGUGUUUAUGCGCCGGUUCCGAGACUUUCUGAGGGGGUGGGUGUGAAGCAGGGAUUUGCGAUGGGUGUGGAUUAUGCUUUGCAGCAGUUGUCUAACAAUGAAAAGUUUCGAGGUGAAGAAUUGCGGGCGUGGGUUGGAAAGGAGCUGGGAUUACAGGAUUCACCACAGCUGUACAGACAUUCGGACAUGGAUCACAAUGGCGAUGGCAGAAUGAUGGCGGUGCAAUAUGCAAGCCGUGGAACUGUGGAUGUUGGGCUUGGAAACGGUGGGGGUGGUAGAAAGGGGUUUUGGGAUGUUGUCUGA